GCAACCGCCGCGGUUUACUAGUGUCUGUGCUGCUGGCUAGGGCAGACGCGAAUACGGUUCUUAUUCAUUACGUUGUUCCCUUGUGUGCCGUCCUCCUCGUUUGGUCGGUGUGAAGAAACUAGUUCUUUUUUUCUAUUUUGUGCAAUUGAACAAUGCAAACACCGCUUCGAUUCUUUUUUGGAAGUUGAUCGUGUAAUAGGAGCUGCACACCAGCUGAAUUUCUGCCAUUUUAGUUUACACUGUUCCUUCCCUUGUUCCCGUCAGUUGUGGUUCGUUGUGAAUCUCGUGUGUUUACCGAAAAGUGUCCAGCGCUGUGUUAUUCGAGUGGAAAUUAUAAUGCUACUCGAGAGAGAGAGGUGAUUUACGGUAGAACACGAUGAAGUGAAAAUGAGUUGUCAAAGUCAAAACCGUUGUCAACAUUGUCGUCACAAGCGUAUCCAAAAACAUUACCAUCAUCAACAGUGGCAGCAUCAGCAUCAGGUGUGAAUUAUUUCGAACUGGAAACGAGCAAGCCGAUCGAGCCCGCAACAGCAACAGGGUACACUCCAGAAUAAUUUGCCUUGCCGAGGUUAACAGGAAGUUGGGAAACCUCUCCUGCGGCAAGUUGUUGCCCCAGCAAAAGAAAAACGAAUACGCACUAUCCUCUACCAUAGAAUGAAAAUUUCCUUGAUAGUGUAGUUUCGAACUUCCCAGUUUUUUUAGCUCCAUACUGUCAUCCACACAAUCCUCCACGGUUAAGAAUCGCUUUCCUCUCGGGCACAACUCACACGUAUCGAGGAAUGACAAUUGUAAUGGCUGGCCUAACGACGACGGAGAUCUGUGAAAACACCAAAAUAGCCCGUGAAAUGGCCGUCAUGGGGAACUACGAUUCGGCCGGAAUUUACUACGAAGGCGUAUUGCAAAUGUUGCGUAAGCUUCUCAUGGGCAUCUCGGAACCAAUCCGGAAAGGCAAGUGGGUGAUGAUCCAGCAGGAAAUCAACAAAGAGUACACACAGAUGAAACUCAUUCAGAAGACGCUAACCGAGAUUACGAUGGAUCUGCAGAAUGCACCUCUGCAGGCACGCAUUCGGACACCGCUGCACGAAACGGCCAACAAAGAUCCGGCCGCAUGGUUUCGUGCCGACCCAGAUAUUUGGGCGCCACCCAACCCGAACCGGGAUCCGGAUGUUUGGGGUCCACCACCAAUGCCAUUGGAGCGAGAGCAUAACACCGGUGGCCGGACAAUUGCCUCGCGCAGUCAGAGUCGUUCGAGCACGGCACUCAACCGGAAAGCGGAGGUGAACAGGAAGAAUGCGGUAACCAAAUCGGCCACCUCGUCGGUGAUCUCUAGUAGGAGGACCGUAAGCUCAAGCGUGCGGACAAAUGGAAAAACCGCGACGUUACCCCGGAGCAAAGGGAAGCCUAGUGCGAAUGCUGCCGGGGACACUGGUAGCGAGGGUAGCAAAGGAGAAAAGAGCGACAAAGAGAAGAACGAUGACGAUAAAGAGGAUCAGGAGAAUCAGGAAGAGCCGGAGCGAAAGUUCGAACCGGCAAGCCAUGUGGAUGUAGAUCUAGUCGACAUGCUGGAACGUGAUAUUCUACAGAAAAAUCCCAACAUUCACUGGGACGACAUUGCGGAUUUGCAUGAGGCGAAACGUCUGCUUGAAGAAGCGGUUGUGCUUCCCAUGUGGAUGCCUGAUUAUUUCAAAGGAAUUCGGAGGCCAUGGAAAGGGGUACUGAUGGUGGGACCGCCCGGCACCGGCAAAACAAUGCUUGCGAAGGCUGUGGCCACCGAAUGUGGCACCACAUUUUUCAACGUUUCCUCUUCCACGCUCACAUCAAAGUACCGAGGAGAGUCGGAGAAACUGGUAAGAUUACUGUUCGAAAUGGCUCGUUUCUACGCUCCUAGCACCAUAUUUAUCGAUGAGAUCGAUUCACUCUGCUCGCGGCGAGGAUCGGAAUCGGAGCAUGAGGCUUCCCGCCGUGUAAAGUCAGAAUUGUUAGUACAAAUGGACGGCGUUAGUAACGAUGAGGCCACCAAGAUAGUGAUGGUCCUAGCGGCAACCAAUUUCCCCUGGGACAUCGAUGAAGCUUUGAGAAGACGUCUCGAGAAACGUAUCUACAUCCCUCUGCCGAACAAAGAAGGUCGCGAAGCGCUGCUCAAAAUCAAUCUCCGGGAGGUCAAGGUGGGCGAAACGGUGGAUUUGAACCUCAUCGCAACCCGACUGGACGGUUACUCUGGAGCGGACAUAACGAACGUCUGUCGAGAUGCGAGUAUGAUGUCAAUGAGGAGAAAGAUUGCCGGCCUUAAGCCGGAACAGAUUCGUCAACUGGCGAAAGAGGAACUGGAUCUGCCCGUGUCCAAUCAAGACUUCACCGAGGCUAUUGCCAAGUGCAACAAAAGUGUGUCGAAGGACGAUCUUAUCAAAUAUCAGCAGUGGAUGAGAGAGUUCGGCUCGUCGUGAUGUUGCCCUCAAAUCCCCAGCCCGGAGAAUCGUGCAAUAUUCACUAGGUUUUUGUGUUGUCCACACCGCCAUCAAGACUCGAAUUUUGUUUUAACCGUAUAUUUGUGCGUUUUAUAAGGUUCAUUUUUAAACAAAUACUUUUAAUUUUGUCUUCAGUAACAUUUUCUUUCAUGCCCUCGCUGGCGUUUGUUGUCAGAGGUUCUGUAAUUGGCAUUGAAUCCUGUAUCCCCUUGAGAAGUAAUGAUAUUUUGUUUCUCCGAGAAGAACUACAAUAUUUUACUUGUUCUCGUGUAUCUUAUUUUAUUUUAGAUGGUCCUCGCGUAAAUGUUCUUGCCACUAUACGAUGCGAACAUCACGUGGCGAGGCGUCACCAUCGCUAUAUUUUGCUCUAAUCGUUAUGAAUUGCUAGUUUGUAGUCUAAUUAAUCUUUAUACUUUAAAAUCUAAUCAAAACCACUAAAAUACAUCCAAUUACAUAAGGCUAAUUUUAUUAAUAUA